AUGAAGAUUUUGCAAAAAUUAGAUAAACCCAUUAAGUAAAAUAUUGGGAAAAUAAAGGAAUUAUACUGCUAUAUGUAUCAUCCAAGAGUGAGAAAACUUAUACCUUGUCAUUUAAAAAUAUAAAAUCAAAAUUGCAAAUAUCUCAUUAAUGAAUUCGAAAGGAUUAAGAAGCAUAAUCCUCAUGCAAACUUAGAUAGGAAGUCAAUAACCUAAAAGAAGCAGGAGUUUUACGAAUACGUUAAAAUUAAUCUUUAUGAUGGCUUGAUAAGUGAUUAAUCGGCAUAUAAUACCUUAGUUAAGAAGUAUGGAUGUACUGAUGAAAAGAUCAGUUCAUACAAUGUUUUAAAGUUUAGAUCUUUUGACUUUGAGAGAAUCUUUGUUUUCUAUCGAGAAGACUUUAUAGGAGGAAUUAAGGAUAAAAUCAAAGAUGGAGAGAAAAAUUUGGAAAUGCUAGUCAAAAGUCUAAAGGCUCUUUCUAAAGUCUUGGGAACUUACGAUGAGAACCUAUUUGGCUAAAUGGCUGAAAUAAAGCAACUCAAAAGACCUGAAGCUAAUAUGAUAAACUUCAAUGAGCAAAAGAAAUAGCUAAAUCAGCAAGAUAAAGAUAAAGGCAGCGUUGUUAUGAUUGAAAAAUCAGCAAGCCAGGCUUAAGCUCUAGAUUAGAGGGCAAAAAUAUCAAAAUAAAAUCUAAUGCUUAAUAGACAUUAUUUGCAAGAUAUUGUUGUUGAGAGUGUUCGUGAGGAGGACAGAGAGAACAUUGAAGGAGAGAAAGAGCGUUAUUAGUCAAUGAAGCUCGACUUGAGAUUUACAAAUUAAGAGAGUUCAAAGUAAUUUAAAUUUUAAGUAGACUGCAAAGCUUCAGAUUUCUGGAGGAAUUUCGAUUUAAACUUUCACAAAGUAACUGCUAAACCUACUGAUCUAAAUUUCCUCAAAAUAUUCCUCAUUGAAAGAGAGUUUGAAGAAAACAGUGCAAGAAAUCAAGAAGAUAUUGAUAGAUUAAUGAGAGGGUUUUAUUAGUGUAAGUUGAGAGAUAGAGCUACCAAAUAAUUUUUUACAUGGGUCGAAAAAGAAUCAAAAGAAAAACUCAAACCAUAGAUUGCAUUGUUAGAAAAUGAAAUAAAAAAAACUUACGACGAGAUGGGAAAAAUUGAAGAUCAAUAUGAUGCUGAAAGAGAUAAAGCUAUCAAGAAAGAUAAUAAGAUAUAAUUAUAAAAUGCAAUGAAAGAAUACAAUUAAGCCAAGAAAGAAAAAGAGUAUAUUGUAGCAUCGCAAUAAGAAUAACAUAGGAAAAUGGUUUUUAGGAAAUAGACUUUAAAAGAGAUGAAAAUUUAUUCAAGGCAAAGACUUUCAUGUAAUAAGACUCAAAUUUAAGAGAUGGAUUAGAAAGAUCAAUAAAUGAAAAUUAGACUUGAGAAGGAAAUGGAUGAGUUUAUUCACUAGAAGAAAAUCAAGCUGAUAUCGAAGGACAAUAAUGACAGUAUUGACCCACUCAUGCAACUGUAUGAAUUGAUGACAAUAUAAGAGCUUGAUUUAAAAAUAAGAUAAGUAAAUUACAAUAAAAUCAAAUCAAGAGGCCAAAUAAAAAGAGGUGGAAAAAAAACUGUAAAGAGGAAAGCUAAAGGUGGUCCAAGAAAAAAUAAAAAGCAAUCUAAAUCUUAACCUGCAAGGUUAGGCUAAGACGAAGCAGCACCUGAAUUAGGCAGACAACGUUUGUCUAAAUUUUCAGUUUUGCUAACGAAAUUUAGAUCUUAGUCACAUUAAAACCAAAAAGAAGAAUCUAGAAUUAAAUUUAGAAAUUAAGGAUAGGUAGGCUAACCUUCUAUAAACAAGAGAGGUUCAAGAUCAAAUUGGGAUCAAAGUCAUAGAAGAUAUAUUAAAUCAAUUGAAAAAGCUAAAAAAGAUAUUUUAGACAGAGAAGUAUAGAUAGAAAAGUACAAACUCUAAAAUGUGAAGGAGAGUGAUGAAGAGGAUGAUGGUAUAGACUUGGAAGAGUAAAAAUAUGGAUAUGAUGAAUGGGAUAUAGAGGAUCCAUUAAUCCCAGAAGACUAAUUGACAAUUCAUAUGAAGUAAAAACCAAAGAUUGAAUUAAAACUAUAGAUACGCAAUUAGUAUCCUGAAAUAGAGUAUGAUGCAGAUGAUAUCAAUAAAUACUAAAAGAAAAAUUAUGACGAGCCUAGCUUAAUCAAAAAAGCAUUUAUGUAACCAAAAAAGAAAAGCAAAGAUCCGACACCUUAUUCAUCAAUUAAUGAAAGUAAAAUGCAGAGCCAGAAAUCAUAAGGAAUAAAAAAGUAAACUCUUUAGCUAGAGCAUAUUACUCAAAAGGGAAAAAAUGAUACUUGGGAUGGAAGUGAUAAUGAUGAAUAGAUUAAAGAUCCUCAUAAGAGCACGAUGAAAACUAGAGAUUGCUAAUGUGAGACAUUUUGA